AUAUACAGUCGCUGUAUUCAGAAAUUGUAUUUAAGCUAGAGUCUACACCAAAUUAUUCAUCAGUUACAUUUUGCUCUACAACAGUAAAACAACCACCAAACAACAAAACAAUCAAAAUGUUCAAAUACUUCGCUCUCGUUUUCGUCGCCCUCUUCGCCUUCGCUGCUGCCGAGCCCAAACCCGCUGUGUUAGCUGCUCCAUUGACCUACUCCGCCCCAUUGGUCGCUUCCCCUUAUGCGGCGGCCUAUGCUGCCCCAUAUGCCGCUUACGCUUCACCCUACGCCGCUCCCUAUGCGGCCUACGCUUCACCCUAUGCUGCCUACUCCGCUUAUCCCUACAGCUCCGCCUAUGUGCUCCGCAAGUAAACUGGAGACUGAGUGUUUGAGCGAAUAUUAAAAAAGGCUGAAAACGACUGAAUAUGCUGUCGAUAGACAAAUUGUUGCUGAAAAUGUUACGAGAAAAAAAAUAAAUAUAUGGAAAACUAAAAACGAAAA